UUGCUCAGAUGGCAAACUGACAGCAGGACAUGGAGCUCACAGGAUUAACUACGAAACGAAAUGAAUCCUAGUCUGGCUGAGGUGUUGUUUUUUAUUUUUUUAAAGGAUUUUUAACAAGUUGACUGCAGAAUAAAACUUUUCUGAAGCGUUUUUUUUUGGGAGAAAAAACCGUUCUUCUUGCUAAAAGGACUCUGAAACCUUAGAGGAUGAAUAGCUGUGAGCUAACAGGCUAAUUAGCAGCGCUAGCUUCCAUUUCCAUGUCAACGUUCAAACAUUUUUAAGCGAGCAAAACGUUUUGUUAUUUAUUUAUAUAUAUUUUUUUCUGUUAACGUUAUCGUUUAUCUCUGAAGAAAAGUCGUUCGUGCUGUAACGAAACACCUGGAACAAAGUCCGCUGACAAGAAGUCUAAUGGUUUUUUUGUUUCCAAACACAGGGAAAAAAACGCCUAAAAAUGCGGAGAUGUGUCGAAAAAUAAGAUGUGGCUCUUUGUAGUAAAGUCACUAUUUAUAAAUUCAUCUGAGGACGAGGUUUGACUGAAUAAUGCUCAGGGACUGGAAAUCGGAAACGUCAACGAGUGUUACUACAAACCGGCAACAGUGAACCCCGUCAACCUGUCCUGAGGUGAUGUCUGUGCAGUGAGGACUGGCUUGCUCUGUGGCCUGCUCGCCAUGCUGGCCCUGGGAGUAGACUAUGGCAAAGCAGGAAGAGGAGGCAGAGGAGGAGGAAGAGCAGUAACUCCAUGCCAAUUGCCUGUUUCAGGGAGAUCGUUGGCACGGGAGUCUGGCACCAACAUCAAGCAGAAGAUCUCACAGUGGGAGGUGCUCAGCCAUCAGGAGGAUGCAAAUGGAGGGAGGCCCACAGCCCAGGGCACCCCUGUCUCACGCGCUCGUUCCGGGGACGUAACAAAUGGCAUUCUCUUGGACAAUAAAACUGUUGGACUGCAUAGUAAAGGUAACCUGUCUAAAACCAAAAGCCUGGGUUUGGAUUUCAGGGAAAACCAGACUGGUCAUGGACAGUUCACAGAGGCAAGGAAAUCUGAACCCGAGCACAACCGACCACUUUUAAACGAAGGUGUAAUCUCGACUCCUAAGAUUAGGUCGUCAUCAGGCCUGACCCUUGCACAGCAUCCUGUAAACAAAUGCGAUGCUUCAAAUCAGAAAAGCAAUAAUGAUGCUAUCGACCAUGUCCUGGAUGAAGAUAUCUCAUCUCUGCCUGAGGGUGACGAAGAUCUCGAUGACUCACUGCCCCCUGGGAACUUCUACACCUCUCGGGGCUUUUGGAAGAGGCUGGAGGGUGAGGAUUCUCCAUGGAAGAAGGAUAAAGAUUCCUCACCCAUGGCUAAGCAUCUAACCUCAGAGGGUGCUGAACUGAGCCCCAAGAAUCCCAUCACACCGCCACCUAAACCGCAACGCACAUUCAGGUACCAAGGGGCCAGCAAACCACCUCUGUAUUCAGACCAAUGGGAGAAGACGAGUUCUCCUGUGAGCCAGUCAAAACAGCUCAGAAAGCACGAUGUCAUUUGUGCGCCCAGUGUCCCACCUCCACCGUGUCACAUCACCAACAGCAACGGCAUUUCCAGAAACAGAAAAAACAGGAAGUCAUUUGAAUUUGAGGACGCGGUGCACUGGACAGCUCAGCAGGGGUCCAGAGAGACAGAGUCACGGCGCUCGGCGCUGUACCACACCCGAUCACAAGACAGCAUCUAUGAAGACAUCAUAUCGGAUGUUUUAAGAGAGAACCCAUACGAAGACAUCAAACUGUCUCCUAUGUGUCUUCCUAUCAUGCGGCCCCGAAACUGGACCAUAACACAGAGACGGACGCCGUGCACCCCAAAGCUGCCAGAGAAACCCCUUACGUUACGAGCCAACGCCGACAACCCGCACGAGGUUUACAAGCAUUCGAUGACGACGCAGCUUCGUUCCUCUAAUCCGAGCACACCUAAACCUUUAGCAACAAAGAGGGCUCCCGCCUACAGAACACAGCGCCAGCCUCAGUAUGUGAGCAGGAUCCAAGAGAUCUUCCAGGCAAAGAGAGGAAAAAAGAGAGUGAAAAACCAGACAAGUGCCAGCAAAGAUGAAUUGAGUGGAACAGAGAGCGAUCCAGACGAGAGCACUAAAAAAGGUGGCUCCCAGCGCCUGGUGUAUGUCCAGUCCACUUUGAAGAGGAGACCGGGGUAUCGCACCCUGGAGAGAGAUCUCAUCCAGCUGCAGCAGCAGCAACUCUUCCAGCUAUUCGUUGUGGUGUCACUGAGAAAACGCUCCCCGGGAAAUGCGUACUACCCAGAGAUCUCACAACAGUUCCCCACUAAGUUUGAGAAGACCUCUCGUAUGUCUCGUGAGACUGAGGAUCGGUUGAAAGCCAUUCCUAACUUCUGCUUCCCGGAUGCUCAGGACUGGAGACCAUCUGCAGACAUCAACAGUGAAACCUUUUCAUUUGUCCUGACCGGAGAAGACGGGACGCGAUGGUUUGGUUAUUGUCGGAAAAUCUUGCCCCGUGGAAAGGGGAAGAGGCUUCCCGAGGUUCACUGCAUCAUCAGCCGGCUUGGUUGCUUCAAUUUGUUUGCAAAGAUCCUGGAGGAGGUUGAGAGGAGGAGAGAGAUCUCUCCUGCACUGGUCCACCCAUUUAUGCGCAGCGUCAUGGAGGCUCCGUUUCCUGCUCCAGGGCGCACCAUCACUGUGAAGAGCUUUCUGCCCGGCUCUGGCAACGAAGAGCUGACUCUUUGUCGCCCGGUGGACUCACGACUGGAACACGUGGAUUUUGAGAGUCUACUGCAGUGUCUGAGUGUGAGCAAUCUGCUGCAAGUUUUUGCUUCUCUGUUGCUGGAGAGGAGAGUCAUCUUCAUCGCAGAUAAACUCGGCACUUUGUCUCGAUGUGCACACUCAGCUCUCGCUCUGCUCUACCCGUUCACAUGGCAACACACCUUUGUGCCUGUGCUGCCCGCCAACAUGCUGGAUAUCAGCUGCUCUCCAACUCCCUUCGUCAUGGGAGCGCUAUCUCCGUCCCUGGACCAGCUGUUGGAUUUGCCCAUUGAGGAGGUGCUUAUUGUGGACCUGUGUGCGGACAAGUUUGUUGUGCAGAUGGGAGACGAAGACUGCAUCCUUCCCAGUAAGCUCCAAGCAGCUCUGCAGGAAGUCCUGGAGAGUCGGGAGGAGAUGCUGGAACACAGCAAAGAGGACAGGAUAGAAGAGGAGUGCAGCCUGAGUGCUCUGGUCUCCGAGGCAUUUGUGAGAUUCUUUGUGGAGCUGGUGGGGCAUUACCCGCUGCACAUCAACGAGACUGGGACCAACGGCGUCCGUGAGCUCAACAGAGAAUCCUUCAGGAAGUCUCAUCCGUCUCGAGGUGUGCGCCAGUUCCUCCAGUUGUUCAUGGACACGCAAAUGUUCGCCGGCUUCAUCCAGGACCGAGAGCUUCGCAAGGGAGGAGUCAAAGGCCUGUUUGAAGUGCGAGCAGCAGAAUAUCUUGCCUCCUGUCCUGAGCCUGAACCCAGCGGAGUCAACAAAUUUCUCAAGGGACUCGGGAACAAAAUGAAGUUCUUACAGAAAAAGUGAGGGAUUGCCUAAGCAGAGAGAAAGGG